UCUCCUCACGUCUCUGGUCAAGCUUCUUCAGCCUCCUUGGAGUUAACGUGAGUUUGACUUCAGGAUAUCAUCCCCAGGCUAAUGGUCAAGUAGAGAGGUUAAACCAGGAGUUGACCCGCUUCCUCCGCACCUAUUGUCAUGACCAACAGAACACCUGGAGUCGAUAUCUCUUCUGGGCUGAAUACGCCCAGAACUCCCUGCGCAAACCCUCCACUCAACUCACCCCGUUCCAGUGCAUCCUAGGCUUCCAGCCCCCUCUCUUUCCCUGGUCAGGGGAACCCUCCAACCUACCCGCGGUCAACUCCUGGUUUCAGCAGAGUGAGAGGACUUGGAACCAGGCCCACGUCCAUCUUCAGAGCGCCAUCCGUCGCACUAGAGUGCAAGCCGACCGAAGACGUCGUCCUAACCCUCCCUACGAGCCCGGGCAAUGGGUGUGGCUCUCUACCCGGGACCUGCGCCUUCGUCUGCCUUGCAGAAAGUUAAGCCCCAGCCCGCUGACAGUCCGGAAAGGGGAGAGAUCCUAGAUGAGACCGCCUCCCAGGGACCUCCCCCCAUCAUCAUCGACGGCGAGGAGGUCUAUCAAGUCAGAGCCAUCCUGGACUCUCGGCGCCGGCGAGGUCACCUCCAAUAUCUGGUCGAUUGGGAGGGGUUCGGCCCAGAAGAAAGAUCCUGGGUCCCUGCCACAGACAUUCUCGACCCCUCCCUCACCGUCGACUUCCACUCAUCUCAUCCGGAUCGACCAGCUCCCCGUGGAAGAGGUAGACCCCGGCGCCGGCCUCCUCCUCGCGCCAGGAGUCGCUCGCAGGGGGGGGGCUCUGUCACCACCGCGGUCUCUGUGGCUCCCUCUAACCACUGUCAGCGGGAACCCUCCCCGGAGUUCUAACACUACAUUUCCCAUCAUACCGUACCUGGGGCGCCCACUUCCGGUUCCGGGUCGCUCGUAGUGCUUCCUCUCUGGCGGCCAUUUUAGGCUGCCGGCCGGAGACGCUCUCUGCGAAGUUUGGUUAGCUUGACUAUCAUCCUGAGCGUUUUCAUUUCUAGUGUUUUUCCCGUUGCCGAUUGGACUGUGUAUUCUCGUGUUUUGAUUUAUUGCUGCCUGCCCCGACCUUCUGCCUGGACUUUCGUUUAUUCUUCGGAUUACCCUUAUUGCACAGAUUGCUGGUGAUUAACUCUGCCUGUUUGACUUCGAGUUUGCCAAUAAACGUAUCGCAAAUGGAUCCCACGCCUCCCGAGCAGUCACUGA